UAGGAAUUGGAAAGGUGUUGCGCUAGAUCCAGACCUGUAGCGAGUGCUCAAUAAAAACAGCUGUGACUCCAUCUCCAGCUAAACAUCGGGCCAAGAUGGAUGACAUAGUGGUCGUGGCUCAGGGCUCUCAGGCCUCCAGGAAUGUCAGCAAUGACCCUGAUGUCAUCAAGCUGCAAGAGAUUCCAACCUUCCAGCCUCUUUUAAAAGGGCUCCUGAGUGGACAGACAUCCCCAACAAAUGCCAAACUGGAGAAGCUGGACUCUCAGCAGGUGUUGCAGCUCUGCCUACGGUACCAAGAUCACCUGCACCAGUGUGCAGAAGCAGUUGCUUUUGAUCAGAACGCUCUAGUCAAGCGAAUCAAGGAGAUGGAUCUGUCCGUGGAAACCCUCUUUUGCUUCAUGCAGGAGCGCCAGAAAAGAUACGCCAAGUAUGCGGAGCAGAUACAGAAGGUGAAUGAGAUGUCGGCCAUACUGCGCCGCAUCCAGAUGGGCAUCGACCAGACGGUGCCACUGAUGGAGAGGCUCAACAGCAUGCUGCCGGAGGCCGAGCGCCUGGAGCCCUUCAGCAUGCGGCCCGAGCGGGAGCGCCGCUAGCGCCACCCUGCCUGCCUACCUGCCUGCCUGCCGGGCACCUGCCUGCCUGCCGGCCCCAUGUUUGCUUAGACGCACGCAUUUGACCUACAAGGACUUUCCCACCCCGUCGGUUGUUCUUGAUAUCCGAAGUUGGGACAGUUGAAUUUCUGUGAAUUCUGUAAAGAACUCUGGAUCAAGAGUUAUUUUUAUUUUGCUCAGAUUUUUUAAUUAAAAGUGUAUAUAGACUAGCUCCUGCAAUGAAACUGGAGAAAACGUUAAGAAACCGUGUUCCCCUUGGCACUUGUGGCCUUGGCUCAGGCGCUCUGGGUCGUGGUUGUAAAUAUAAGGUCUGAGUCUGUUAUUGUCCCUCGAAAGCGCCAUGCCAUCAAGGUGUUUGGCAGUGUCUUGCUUCCCUGCCAGAACACCGCCUCUUUGUUUCCAGGGAGCAGGCCCCUUUUGUGGGUCACUGGAGACUGAAGCCUCCCUUCACUCACUCAUGAAGCUGUGGUCUGUUAGCAACUGCCUGCGUUCCCAGCCUCUGUCAGCGCGGGCACCUCGGCCUCCGCUACAAGGUUCGCACCCGCCACUUGACGCUACCCUCCCAUGGCGGCCAUUCUGUCACUCGAGAUUCCCACCGAGCUCCGCAGAUGUGCCAGGGACACCAGGAGGCUACGCAGCCUCUGCCUUCCAUUGUCAUCUGUGGAUCGUGAAGCUGAGGAAAGAGCGGCUGCCCAUCACAGGAGUUCAAGGAAGAAAGGCCCCGGGGGGGGGGGGGGG